UCCAACGCUCUCCUCUCCUCAAUAAAGGAAGCGACAAAGUCCUCUCUCCUUCCCCCACCUCCCGUCACCUCCCCUCCAAUUGACAGGCUUCGCCUCCAUUGACCCACAACUCCUCUCCGCCUCCGCAGGCAACAGCAGCAGCAGCAGCAGAAGGCAUGAAGGUUCAAUGCGACGUCUGCGCGGCAGAGGCCGCCGAGGUGUACUGCUGCGCCGACGAAGCCGCGCUCUGCGGCCGCUGCGACCGUCACGUCCACCGCGCUAACCGGCUCGCCGGCAAGCACCACCGCUUCUCGCUCCUCCACCCUUCCUCUUCCGCCCAAUCCCCGCCGCUUUGCGAUGUUUGCAAGGUAGGUCUGUGGCCUCUCACGACUCGCUCUCUCUGGUCUCUCUGUCUUCGGGAGAUACAGGAGCUAAACCACCUCCCCUGCUUUUUAAAGGAGAAGAGGGGGCUGCUCUUCUGCCAGGAGGACCGCGCGAUCUUGUGCAGGGACUGCGACGUCCCGAUUCACAGCGCCACUGCGCUCACCAUGAAGCACAACAGAUUCCUCCUUACCGGCCUCAGCGUCUCGGCCGCUCCGCUCCCGCCGUCGCUGUCCGCGGAGGCCGAGGCGGUGGACUGUCCGCGCGGCAGCGGCGUGAGGGCCAAGAGCAGCAGCAGCAGCAGCUCAGCCACCACGGCGGCGACCACGAACAGCAACAGCAGCAGCAUCUCAGAGUACCUGAUCAAGAUGCUGCCGGGGUGGCACGUCGAGGACUUCCUGACCGACGACGCCGCCGUGCAUGCCUUGUGCAAGACGGAGGAAGAGGAGGAGGUCGAGCCGCCGUGUGGAUCGAACGCCAUUGGUGGGGCUCUUCCAGUUCCUCGAGUCCCGCAUUGGUUCUCAGGCGGCGAGGGAAUCGGGCUGGAGCAGGUGGAGUUGAAGGCAAGCAGCCGCAACAAGAGGCCGAGGAUAUCGGUAAGGUACCUGUAGCAAACGUGUCAUCACACCAAACAAUGGUCAGAUUUCACCGAGAGGAUGAACACAAUCAACAAUCCCAGCUGUGAGACGCAUUCUUUUUGAGCUUUUGGGGUGCCCAGUGCUGUUAAGCUGUCUGCCCCUCUCCGAAUGAGAAAGCUUUCAUGACGCCGAAACUAGUAGACUUACCUGUGUGGUUGGACAUGCUUAGUACCAACAUGUACCUUUUUUUUUUCUCCUUCUCCUUUUCCAGCCUUUUGGCCAUUUUUAUCCUGAUUUUUUUUCUUCUCUUUCUUCUUUCUUUACUAUGAGAAGGAAAGAUAGAGAGAGGGUAGUCCAUCUCAGGAUGCAUCUGUUGUGGCCAACUCCAUCAGUUGUUAAUUAAAUUGAUCUGAUGCGUGUCAUUUGUAUUA